UGACAGGCGACGCAAGAAGAUCAGAUGGCACAGCUUCCAGAAGUCCCAUAGACCUGACAUCAACAGUCGGGCCAUGCAGAUCAACAGCUUGACCGUUGGUCAGUUAGUGAGGCUGCAGAAACUCUCUCUGUUGAGACUGACCGGCAUCAUGGAAAAAUGUCUGCCAGUCAACAAGUCUGGCUGGAACUGGAUGGUACCAAGGUUCAUGAAGAGGCAGAAGGCACCAGAUUUUAAUGAGAAGAAUGUGUUUGGGGUGCCUUUAAGUGUGAUGGCUCAGCGGACAGGCCAGCCACUUCCCCAGUGUGUUCUCUAUGCCAUGAGAUACCUCAGGAGAACCUGUCCGAGUGCUGUUGGACUCUUCCGGAAAUCUGGGGUUAAAUCUAAGAUCCAGCAGCUGAGGGAUUAUCUGGAAGCUCACCCAGAUACCACCAAUUUUGAUGGGGAAAAUGCUUACAAUGUGGCAGACAUGCUCAAGACCUACUUCAGGGACCUCCCAGAAUGCUUGCUUACCAACAAGAUGUCAGAAACUUUUCGUAGUAUUUAUACAUACGUCCCACCAUCUCAGAGGUUAGAUGCCAUCCAGGCAGCGAUUUUGCUUCUGCCAGAUGAGAACAGGGAAGUUUUACAGUCCAUCUUGCUGUUUCUGAGUGACAUAUCUGAGCAUGAAGCUGACCAUCAGAUGAAUGCAAGCAAUCUGGCAGUCUGUUUCACACCGACUGUCUUCCACCUGGGGCCCCGCCAGAGCCUGCCUUACAGCCCCAAGCGAAACCGCAAGAACUCCUCAGGUGUGCCUGACCCUCGUGAGAUCAUGGAGCAGAAAGCUGCCCAUGAGUGUCUCCUGAUGAUGAUUACCGAAUGCAAGAAACUGUUCACUGUGCCUUCAAAUCUGUUUCGACAACUUCAAGUUCAGUCUGUGGCUCACGUGGAGCCUUCCCUACCACAGGACAUUGGCAGCUGCCCUUCAGAUGUCAGAGCUUUCGGACAAGAGAGGAUUCAGAUGGUGCUCAAGGAGUCCCAUGACAAAAACCGAGGCUGGGUUCCAACAGUGACCAUUGGAGAUGUUGAAGUCUUUCACCGCAAGCCCCUGGAUGAUUGUCUCCUCAAGGAGUGGAAACUUGUUGUGGAUAUAGAAGCUCCUCCUGUUGAGGUUUUGCGUAGGAUUAUGCAUGAAAGACACACCUGGGAUGAAGACUUGUUGAGUUGGUCAGUGGUGGAGAGGCUGGACCCACACUCCGAUAUCUUUCAGUAUGUACUCAACAGUAUGGCACCACAUCCGCCCAGAAAUUUCUGUGCACUCAGGUACUGGAGAAGUGACCUCAACAAAGGAGCCUGUGCCCUCAUCACAAAGUCUGUAGAGCAUUCUGAUGCCCUGGAGAUACAUGGAGUUUGGGCAGUAGACCUAGGGACGUAUUAUCUCAUGGAGCCUUGUGGGUCUGGGCGAUCUCGACUCACCUACAUUACAAGAGUUGACACCAG